UCUCAGUCACUAACUUUGUGCAUGAGACGGCAGCUAUUCAUUUAUGAGAUUAUGAGAGGAGGCAAGUUGAGAUUUUUGCAAUACUGAAUUUUGGACAGAAGUAUAAUAAUUUCAUUUGGAAAUUUUUUUGAGAUAUUUUUGAAAUUGUGAACAAGUUGAUAAGCAGAAGAAGAAAGUUAGCGAAUUUUUAAAUAAAGUCAAAUUAUUGAAGUAAAUAAUUUUGAGGACCCGAAAAUCAGGACGGAGUCGGAGUUAUUAACGAUGCGUCAGUCAAUCUCUGAAGAAGACAUGGUCGGCGUUGGUGGUGGUGGUGGUUGCGGCGGGGUGUCCGGCCUUCGUCGCCCCGUGACCGUGGACGAUGUCGCCGUCUCGGAGGCGGAUGGCGACAAAGAAAACGAAGAACAAGAGGACGAGGAGGAAGAAGAAGAAAACGAUGAAAAUGACGAAGAAGAAGAAGAAAACUCCACCACCAAUAACGCAACAUCGUUCACUUUUACGGUGAGGAACUCUCCAGCGAGGGGGCUUCAUCCCCGGAAUUCGCCGACACCUCCACCCCCCACCACGAACCAUCACAAUAACAAUAAUGUGAAGGAGGAGAACAACAAGAACAAGAACAGUACCGUCGUCGCCACGACGAGAAUCGGGAGGAAUAGGAAAGUCGGGGCGAAAACGAAGGAAGAGUGUGACGCCAUGUUGGAUAAUUUGGAACUUCUUAAAACAAUUGGUACUGGCACUUUCGGAAGGGUUGUUCUCGUCCAGGAAAAGGACAGCUUGGAAUUUUCCGCCCUCAAAAUUCUGGCCCUGCCCGACCUCAUCCGACUGAAGCAGGUGGAUCAUGUCAAGAACGAGAAAAACAUUUUGCAAGCGGUCCAUCAUCCCUUUAUUGUGAACAUGACGUGGCAUGGCAAAGAUGAGUUCAACAUUUACAUGAUGUUCGAUUAUGUCUGUGGAGGAGAAUUAUUCUCAUAUUUGAGAUCGGCUGGAAAAUUUCCGAGCUCGACGUGUGCCUUUUAUGCGGCCGAAAUUGUACUGGCGUUGGAAUAUUUGCACUCAAAGAGUGUCGUUUAUCGGGACCUGAAACCAGAGAAUGUGUUAAUUGAUAGAGACGGUCAUUUAAAAUUGACGGAUUUUGGGUUUGCAAAGUUUCUGAAAAACAGAACGUGGACGCUGUGCGGAACUCCGGAAUAUUUAGCGCCAGAGAUUAUACAGUCAAAAGGUCAUAAUAAGGCCGUGGAUUGGUGGGCAUUAGGCGUUCUAAUUUACGAGAUGCAUUGCGGUUACGCCCCAUUCUUCGAUGACAACAAUUUUUCAACUUAUGAAAAGAUUUUAGAGGCGAAAAUCGAUUGGCCGAAGUGGAUCAAUCCAGUAGGAAAAGAUCUCAUGAAGAAACUUCUCGUACCUGACAGAUUUAAACGGUUGGGGAGCAUGAAGAAUGGUGUCGAUGACAUUAAGAAACAUCGCUGGUUCCGAGAUUUUGAUUGGGAUGAUGUGCUCAACCGUAGACUGCCGCCACCCAUCAUUCCUCAAGUAUCGUCGGAAGGGGACACUCAUAAUUUUGACGACUACCCAGAAUUGGAAUCAUGGAGGUCUAAAACCGUCCCGGAUGAGGAACUUCAGCUUUUUGAAGAUUUCUAGAAUCGAGCUUGGUUUUUUAACAUUUAGAUUGCUUAUCCAUCCACCAAAGUAUUUCUGUAUUGUUUUGUAGCGUAAGUAAGAAGUUUUAGUGUACAUAAAAAUUGUUGAAAAAAAUGUUCAGUAUUUUAUUUUCACUUUAUAGAAUUGCCAGUCUUGUUGGGAUGUUAUUUUGUUCAGGAAUUGUUAAUUUUAAUUAUUUGUGCGUGUAAAUAUGAUAGAUUUAAAGGGAUGAAGUUUACAAAUGGGAGAAAAAGAGCACCUUUUUUGUAGAUUGUAUAAAAAUAAUGGUUAGUUUUAUAGAAUUUUAAUUCACACUCAACUAAUUUUAACUUUGCUGAAAUAAAUAUUUGAAUAAGUUAUGAAAUGAAAUAUAGUAAGUUAAGUUCAUGUAAAAAGAAUAUUAUUAAUGUGUAUACUACGCGACAAUAAAAUAUAAGAUGAGACUGAAAUAAAUAAAUCAUACUAAAGACUAAAAA